UCAUGCUGCUGCCAAGUCCAGAGUCUCUCAUGGGUCCCUGUUACGGGUUCCCCAUUGCUGCUGUCUCCAUCGCCACACUCUGCCAUGUGCCACUUUCAGGUCUCCUCACACUGCUGGUGUGUUGUGAAUUUUUUGACAUAGGGUGCUGGCAGAUUACGGGCCUCCCAUAGCUGCUGCCAGGCCCUAAUCUGCCAUGGGCCCCUAUGCCGCCUACCUCAUGCUGCUGCCAAGUCCAGAGUCUGUCAUGGGUCCCUGUACGGCCUCCCAUUGCUGCUGUCUCCAUCGCCACACUUAGCCAUGUGCCACUUUCAGGUCCUCCUCACACACUGCUGAUGUGUUUGUUCCAUUUUUUGUC